AUGGAUGGUGGUACACAUCGUGGGGUGCCAUCGGAAGAACUUUUGCUAUUGUCCUCAGAUGACGAAAAUGAUGCUGACCUGGUUAUCGAUUAUCUGAGCGAAGAUCACUCCACCAACCUGAAAUGCAAGGAAUCCUCGGCUAGAUUGCCAGGCACCGCAGAGAGCAACGGGCAACGGUUUGAGGCUUCCCACGGUAACGACAUUGCCUCGGACGGAUUAGCAAACGGUAGCAAUAGUGAUACAGGUACAAAUAAUCACAAUAGUAUGGUGCCAAUCAUUAGCGUUACCCCGCACAGCCCUGGAGCUAAGUUUAAUUUUCUCGAGGACACCCUAAAUCAACUGCAAUGUAUCCGCGAAAGCGUAGCACACAUGAAAAAUGCAACAUUACAAAAUGCAGCUAUCGGUGGCCUCGGCUCCACGGUUUCUUCUUCCAAAAUGUUCUGCUCCUGCCCGUCACUACCCGAUCUUACCAUUUCGAACCCAAUCAACGUGUGGCCCCAUCACCACGUGCUGUACGGGUUGAACAACGAUCGAAGAAAGUCAUGGACCGCGAUCGAAGAUCUAACAGAGUGCACAAAAUCAUCACAUAAAAGCGUAAGUCUGUCCAGUUUGGACAGUGAAGAGCAGGAGUCUUUAAGGGCCGCCGAGCGACUGCACAAUCGCACCAGUAGAAACAGUACCGGUGGCAUCUCUACACACUCGCUAAAUGAAGCUGAGUUGGCCCGAGAUUUUGAGAAAGUGGUAGCGAAGCGCAAUCUGGUGCCAGUGGUUCCCAGAAUACCGCUGCAGAAAAGUAUAUCGACGCCAUCAAUAGCGCCAGUCCGGAAUCAGAGCGCGAAAGAGGACAACAUCGCCUCUGCGAGACAUCUUUCCGACAGUGAAGAUGAAACUCAUGAUCGAUCACUGCUUUGCGUGAGAGAUAAAAAUGAGGAAUAUACGGAACAUCAUGAAAAGCGACGAAAACGUGGUUCAUUGUUCUUCCGGAAAAAGAAAGAUAAGGCAAAAACAAAAGGACAAUCUUCCGUCUGCGAUGCAUGCGGAGCCGUAAUAAAUUUGGCCAGCUACAAAGAACAUGCCGUCGAGUGUAAAGCCAAAAUAGCAAAGAAAUAUUUUCAAGCCCAACCAAAACCAAGUUCCAACAAAAAGAGCUCCACCAACAGUGGCAAAAAAAUGACCGGAUGUUACUCUCCAUGGCGAUUGGUUGCUAACAAAUUAGGCGUGGUAACACAACACGCUAGCCACAAUUCCUCGCAACACGAUGAUCAGGGUAGAGACUAUUAUGAUGGAAACGUGCAUAAUGAUAACACUAAUUACUCGGACGAAGUGCCACUGAUCAGGGACGAGUUUUUGCACGAAACUCCCAUCGGACCGCACGAUCUCGGGGCAGAACCGAUCCUGGGCGUUGCGAUCGACGAGCACGACUCUUGGAGCCCCAGUGUGCCGAAGGAGGUGGUAAAAACGUUGAAAGACAAACAGGUGAAACGUCAGGAACACAUCUAUGAGUUUAUCAUGACUGAGAAACAUCAUGUUCAAACUUUACUAGUCAUGCAAAAGGUAUUUGUCGAAAGCUUGCAGAAGCACUUUAGCCACCUGAACCUGGAGCGGAUGUUUCCCCGGUUGGUGGAGCUGACGGAGCUGCACACGGGCUUCUUGCGCAAACUGCGGCUCAAGCAGCGAGAACAUCACAUAGUCGACAGCAUCGCCGACAUACUGUUGGACUUUUUUUCGUCGAUGUCGGCGCAGAAACUGAAGAGUGCAUACGGUGAGUUCUGCUCGAACCACCGCUCCGCGCUCGACACAUUCAAAUGCUACAUGACCGGGGACAAUGUGUUCGCCGAGUGGUAUAAGCACUGUCAGCAAAAUCCGCUGCUCAAGAAGAAAGGCAUACCGGAGUGUAUACUGUUUGUGACGCAACGGCUCACCAAAUAUCCGCUGCUCAUCGAUCCACUGCUGAAGAGCUCGCGCGAGGACAAGAUCGAGCAGGAAAAGCUGCAGAAGGGAAUGUCUCUGGUGAAGGAGAUUCUGGUGGACGUCGAUGCACGAGUCGCUGACAAGGAGAAGGAGGACCGUCAAUUAGAAAUCUUCAAACGCAUCGACGCCAAGUCGUUUGCGAUAUUCAAAAAGGAUAAAUUCAAAAAAUCUGACAUCAUAUCAUGCAACAGGAAACUGAGAUUCGAGGGAGUGGCAACUCUUAUGCAGGGCAGAUCGAAGAUGCAAACCGUGCAUGUGGUCGUGUUGUCUGAUUGUUUGUUUUUCCUAUCGGAAAAUUCCCACAAGUAUUCGUUCUUCACACCGGAAAAUAAGGCAAGCGUCGUGUCUUUGCAAAAGUUGUUGAUCCGAGAAAAGGCCGGCACCGAGUCGCGUGGUAUCUAUAUCAUUUCAUCUAACCCAGCGUACCCCGAAAUGUACGAGUUGAAGGUACAAAAUCCGAAGGAUAAAAAUGUUUGGAUUCAGUCGAUACGUACUGCAGUCAUCGAUUGUCCAUCGGAUGAAUCGGAAACUGAAGAUUACAUGAGCAUGGACCAGCGACAAAAAAUUAUUGACUUGAAACAGGCAAACAUUCGUGAAAUUAUAUCGCUUGGAACAACUGAAUUGGAAGGUAAAAUGCGCCAGAAAGAUUUUGAACAAGCGAUACUGCUGGAAGAGAAAAUGGCACUGCAACUCAGCUUGCUCUCGGGUAACGAGCUGAACGUUGAGCAGCUCGGGCCGGCGGUCGAGUCAUUUAUCUCUAACUACGGAUCCUACCGGGAUCUCAUCUCCGACGACUGUGAUACUAUAGAAAUAUGGAAACGGGUGUUGAACUCCAUUCAGGAAGUAAGCUCUCUGGCAUCAUCACUCUACACAGCCGCCACCGGGCUGCCACUGUCCAGAUCGAGCAGCUCUGUCGGCGAGCGACAGAGCGAACUGUACAUCUCACCGACGCUGCCGAAGCGUGCCGAAACGUUCGGUGGUUUCGAUGAACGGCGUUCCAAGCAGCUCAUGGGUGUCGGAUGCGGUGUCGCGGGUGGUGGGACACCGACAAACACGACACAUUCCCGCGAUGCUGUCCUUUCCACCCUGUCGGCCGGUUACUUUACCAAUCGCGAGACGUACGAAAAGCGAGAACAGCUACCGAACGUUGGUCACCAUCAACCCUCACCUUCAACGGCAGACAUCGAAUCACUGCUGAUGCUGGCGAACCCGCACGGUACUUUGCACGGUCAGCCAAAGCUGCAGGUGGGAACCGAAGGAGGCUUAAUAUCGGCCGACUUAGCCAAAGAUCAGAACUACGCGGCUCUACACGUGUCCCACCACUUGCACACGCUGCUGUGCAUCAUUUCCCAACAAAUGACCACCAUUCAAAGCCUGCAGCAUCAACUGAGCAGUUACCGGGAAAACCCCAAAACAUUGUACCGACACAAUGAUCAGCUCGAGGAGCUCCGUAACCUGCAGGAUAAGUUGCAAGAAGAGAAGACGGCCUGGCAGAAGCAUAAAGAGCACGAGGAGCGGGAACUGGAGGAAACCAAGCAGUCGCAGAAAACGUUGCAGGCACAAAUUAGGGCCGAGCAGGAGGACAUUAAGCAGCAGCGUGAGCAGCUGUAUCGAAAGAUGGAAAUUCUGUCCAGCCAAGGACUGCUACUCUCGCCCAGUGUUGCAUUACCCAUACCGACUGGAGUGGUCUCAGCACACGAUGACACUCAAAGCGUGUACGAGGAGCAUCAUGUGGACAGUGCGUUUGGUGGUAGCGCAACCGGUUCAUCGCUGGUCGGUUCUUCCGUCACAAUCGAUCGGAAAAAGGACAAAUGGCGAACGGCUAGCAUAACCAAAACGCCUCCGGCAAAUCUUGUCAGCGCUACGAAUGCCGCAAAGAUCAAUGCAACAAGCAUAAAACAGCAGCUUCCGCUGAAGCUGUCAUCGUUGUCAAGUACGAAGCAGGGUUCCUCGGUGCAGGGCAGUCUAACAAUGUCCCCGCUGAGUGGAAACGUCGGCAUGAGUGGAGCGGCGGGCGGUGCUGGUGUCACACAAAUGUUUCCGCUUAAGUUGGCAGACAAAAAGAUCUCCUCCAGCACACCAAACCAUUCACGAACCGGUAGCAGCCCUGCAGUGAUUCAGCAACAAAUUCAAGUACAAUCCGGUAAUCCCGCCACAAGGACAAAUACCUACCCGAAAAUACCGGAACGUUUCCGCCUAAGAAGUUCGGAUAAUUAUCCGUCUCCAUCGAGUGUGGCUAGUUCACCGGGUGUACCAUAUCAGUAUUCGCCUCUUUCGAGCACGAUGUCGGGCACACUGCCACUUCAGGCACCACCUCCGUCAGCUAGGAGCGUUGGCGGCCAGCAAUCCGAAGCUGUCGGUGGUAUGAUGCCGCACCCAUCGUCACCGCUCUCUUCGCAAUAUGCCACGCACCACCAACACAAACAAGAUUCUGUUCCAUUGGCGAACCUGAAGGACGACGGCACCAAGGGCAACAACAAGGAAGAGGAGGUGAUGUAUUUUUGAUACACACCGGUUGAGGUUGAGAUCUAAGGCGGGGCACAGCUGGCACAACCGUAAGUAACUGCUUCCUCUACGUCUUUUAACCCGCGCUAGGUUCGGGAUUUUCCCCUUCCGUAUCGAACGAUGGCACAGUACCGAUGUGACAAAGUAAGGUGGGCGAAUGAUACAAGAGCUACUGUACUUAACUCUUAAGCUACUAUGGCCUACAAAAAGUGUAGUAUAGUAUUUAAAAGUACCGAGUAUUAUUAGGUAUGAAUGUUCGAUAAUUGUCAAAACAAGACAGAGUGUAUAUGCUAGUAGUAGUAGCAUCCAUGCGUUUUAUCCGGCGUGUAAGUGGCCAACAAACGGUUCCGUCACCCGGGAACGGGUGGAGAUUUUGAAUGGUUGUGCACCGUGGGAUGUUUAGGAGCGGCACACAGCUUUUGUAAUGCAUGCAUAAUGUGUUUUAUAUGCCGAAGAAAUCCCAGAACCUCUUCACUAUCAGUUUCCUUCACAUGUGGGUUACUCCUUUACUCCUGUUACUGUCGUCGUAGUUCAUCGCAUUUAGGUCAACGUUGUUGCGGCAGGCAGCGUUGUUUGUUAAACACGCAAAGUUAGUUCAAAACUGCCCCUCGAUCGUCGUGUACUUCAUUAGCAGCAGCACAAUGGGACUAUGUGUUACUAAUGACUUGCUAGCUGACUUUACUGAUUGAUACUGUGAUGUGUAGGGUGUUGUGGCGUCCAGCUUUUUAGUACCUUUAACUGAGUGUGUUUUGACGUUGCUACCGCGCGAAGCCACCGAAACGUGUCUGUGCACAAAAGGAGCAGUUCUCUUGUUCCAUUAUAUGUUCGUUCAUUUUAUGUUGUUGUUGUUACGACGCCAAGCGAUAUUGACAACAGAUGUUCCGUGCAACUGUUGGAACUUUGACUCUAAGACUGUACUGAUAAAAUACAAAUCAAUUCCUUUUUAAAUCAAGUUGCGGCAGGUCAGUUACUAUAAGGCGGUUGCGAUUAGUUUGUUCUCCGCUCUGCUUUGCAUAUCGUUAGUAAUUUUAUGAUGCGCGUCCCACCUACGGCACGAAGUAUAUCGGCUGCCGGAUGUGUACUCUGUCCACCGUGUUCCAUCGUAUCAAACACAAUCUAUGUUCUCGUAGACAUAUCGCCGCGCUAAGACUGGUUCUGUUGUUUCGUUUUUCGAGUCUUUUUUUUGUACAAAAUCUGCCAAAAACACAUUCCUCGAGAUUGAAUUCACACAAAGAGAAUCAUCUACGACGAAAGCGAGUAAGAACGGCACGGGAGAAAGUAUGAAAGAUGACACAAAGAUGACGUUGUGUGCGGGUCUGGUGUCCAGUUACACCGAAAACAUGCUCCGUUUAGCUAACUUCUUGACAAUACAAGUAAUGAAUUUUUAAAACUGAACAAGUAAAAACAAGGAAAAAUUACUAUAAAUAAAAAAGGCAAAAAGAAAAACAAUCCAAUCAAAGAAUACUACCUAAGGUACAGAAGAGAGAAACCCCGCUUAAGACGACUGACGGCCCUCAACACGAAUUAGUAAUUGUGGUGGUCUGGUCAAAGACAGAGCGAAAGAGAGAUAGAGAAAGGGGGAGAGAAAGAGAGAUAGAGAGUGGCGCGUAUAUGAAUAUUUAUCCGUAGUAGUCAUUGAAGAUUAAGAGAACCGCAUUAGAACUACUAUUAUACCACUCUUAUACAACAACAAUAAAUACGUGUACAUUACCAUUACCAGAGACUUAUUGCGUGUUGCGGCAGAUGAAAGCAAAAUUCUAUUUUUAUGGAAGUAGCUAUGUAUACACCCGUACAUACAUAUAUAUAUAUAUAUAUAUUGAAAGACAUAAAGCUAUAUCUAGGUUGUACACACAUAUACCUGCAUUCUAGAUCGUAUAUGCUGUAUAUGUAUCUGAAGCACGAGUAUAUAUGUAUAUAUGAUAUACACACUGUAUGGGUACAUAUAUGGUCUAUACAUAUAGUAUAUAUGUAUAUAUUAAUCUAAACCAUAUUACAAAAGAAAGACUCUGAACUGCUCAAUCACUUUACACGAUAUAUUUAUAGCGUCAAUCGCUGUCCCUCCAUUAACUACUGUUGGCCAACGCUGUUAACAUUCCUCUUUCUACAGUUGUUCGACUUACUUCGACUUGUUAAAGAAAAAUAGUACAGUCCAUAAAUCGAGAGAGAGGGAAACAUUGUUGUUCGAUUAACCAUUGUCAAUCAUUUUACUGUGGCAGUAAACAAAAAAUUCCGUUGCGUGUACAUGUGUGUGUGUAGUGUAUUGCGAUAAUAACGGUAGUGAGUUAGUGCGCGGGUUUUACACGCUUCUCUCCGCGACUUGUUAUCUUGUUCAAGUGAUGAAACUUUUGCAUUUACUAUCGUAACUAAGUUUCCCGUACGUUUGGUAGUCCCAGCUGUUGUGCUGGAGUGUCCUUUACACUUAUCACCAAGAUGCGCCAAAGGUGUGCAGAGAACUUACAAAUCAGCGCGCACCGCCACACGCACAGACAGACUGUUAAACACUUUGGCCAGCCCUUGCAACUUCUGCCUUGCUGCAGAAGAUGGUGUGUAUUUAAUGCAUGUUGAGUGUGCGCUAGCAGCUUACGAGCAAAAAACGACAAAAAGGCAGGCGAACAACAAAAAUGUGUCCGUGGUAUUUCAACGAAUCAAUAAUUUUUCCACUCUUAUGUAAAAGUAGAUUAAUAGAGGGUAUAAAUCCGCAUCACAAGCCUCUAAAGUACGCAUCAUACGAUCCACCGAAUUUCUCUUCAAAGGAAAAACAUACCGCAAAACAAUCAUGAAUUUAGACUGUCGAUAAUGGUACAUACUUGAAAUGUAAUAAACGUAAAGGAAACAUACCGAAAGCGGGGCUGAUGAUCAAUCAAGUUAAUGUGUAAAAUGUGCUCCCGUAAGCCACCGUAAUAUAAGAGGUAUGGUACACAGCGCAGCAGUGUGAUUCUGUUUAGUGUUCUCAGCCAGGACUCGGGUGAACUCUGCUGCGCAGCGACGGAACUAGUGACACAGUGUAUUCUUCGGUUUAGGUUUUAUGGUUAGCACACACUUUGCGUCUCCGAAACGGCUUUUAUACCUGCUUCCAGUUUCUAUUGCUUCUCCGCGGUAGGUCGCGUGUUCGAAUCACGACAAAUAUCACCCACGUUGUACUUGUAUAGUUUAAACAGUUAUUGUAUUAGCGCGAGGUUCUCAAAACAAUCGCCCGCCGCCCCAAAUGUAAUCGAACAAAAAAGGGUGUGCAAAACAUAAACACAUGAGUAGUAGAGCGCGCAGUUGUCGAGUAGCAUUAUGCUUGAAUAAUCUAUGUACCAAUUCCUUGUACCAACACGGACUAACGACAAACAAAAUGGCAGCCCAAACAGACAAACAAGUAAACAAACCCAAGGCAGCAGAAAGCAAAAGGGCAGCGCGCAUCUGGAAACCUCUACCACACUCAAACUUUUGGCAACAGAAAUGUUAUUGAAAUGUUAUCAUUCGGUCACUGUUGAAAUGUUAGAAUAAAAAUAUAUGAACACGUGGAGAAAACAAAAC